AUGACUCGCUUCAUUGUUAGCCUUGCCCUCCUACUUCAGCUCGUUUCUGCGCAUUUCUCUAUUAAAUACCCUUUCUGGCGUGGCAAUUCUUUACAUCUCAGUGGACUAAACCAUGAGUGCCAUACCAUCUUGCUCCCUUCCGACUUGCAUUUUAUUGCACAUAUUUCUAAUAUAAUGUUAGGCGGGGGUGUCAAUGUGACGACAAACCGAACUGAAUGGCCUCUUGGUGGUGGCUCCCUCCUCAUCACUCCUUCGCACUCCUGGUCAAUCACCUUCGUGAACCUUGGUAUUGGUUCUGAUGAUACAGUUAUAUUCAAUAUUUCUAUGAUCGAAGGUUUCAAUCAAACGGGAAAUGGCACAUUUUGUUUCCCAAAAAUUCCAAUUCCGCAAGGACUAGGCCUGACCUCUGGUUCUAACGCGAGUAUUCAAGUUGUCCAAGUAAAUGAACAUGGGUCUGCAUUGUAUAAUUGUGCCGAUAUCACCUUUUCCGCUAACGCCACGCUUCUGUCUACCGACUUGUGCACCAAUUCUUCAGGCAUUGGCUGGAAGCCCCUUGGUGCAGAAACAGCCUUAAACAAUACUUCACCUAAGCCCGGGGCGGGAUCUAUGCUUGCAAUCGACAAAUCCAUUCAGAGCUUGGGACUUAGUGCGAUUAUAGCGAUAUUGUUCUGGAACUUAUAUGUCUAG